AUGAGUAUGGAUCAUUCAUGUGUUCAAUUGAAUGAUUUACCUGAUGAAAUUCUUAUGAUUAUUUUUAAAAAAUUGACUAAUGCGGAGGUACUUUAUUCUUUAUUAGGUGUCAAUAAACGAUUAAAUAAAAUUGCACAAGACUCUGUUUUUACAAAUGAUUUGCCCCUUCUGAUGUAUACAUCGGAUGGUUUGAUUUAUUCAUUACCUGAUCUAAUACUUGAUCGAUUUUCUUCACAUAUUUUACCUAAAAUUUAUCAAAAAAUCGAAUGGCUCCAUCUUGAAUCACGAUCGAUGGAACGUAUUCUUCUUGCUACAAAUUAUCCAAAUUUAUAUAGAAUUAGUUUACAUAAUAUUCAAGCAAAAACAGCUAUAGAUCUUUUUACUAGUAAGAUAUUUUACUUUUAUUCUUUCAAUAAUAGACACAUUAAAUCUAUAAAUGAAAUAAAUUCAUGGAUAAAUUUCUGGUCAUCAUUAAUUAGAUGAUUACAGAUAUUACUAAGUUCAAAAUGAUUUUUCAUUUGAUUCGCAUUUGUUAGUACGAAGAGAAGAAGAUUGUCAUCGAAGAGAUGAUUUUCCAUGAAAUUUAAGUACUUAUAUAAAAAUAAGAGGCGCAGAUAUUGUCUCCAAUUUAAAGUUUUAACUAAAUUUUUGAAAAAGAAAAUGUAGAAUAAAAUAGAUGAUGGCAAAUAUAAUAUAACAUUUAAGAUAUAAUAUAAACGAAUAAGUAAGUGUAAAGAAGAAAAUCAAAUAUGUAAAUUAUAUUAUUAUUAAUAAAUGAAUAAAGUAUACAUAGUUAAAUUUAAGCAUUCAUAUAAAAUAGUUUUUAAUGAUUUUUUAAUCUUUUCAUUGUUUAGAUAAAACUUCCGUAAUUCGUACCUUGAAAAAUCAAGUUUUAUCA